AUAGAAGCUUUCGUUGUACGAUCCGCUUGUUGACCAUGCCUUAUUGUCAACGGCAUUACCUCCUAGGUUAUUAAAGGCGCGCCUGAGGCGCGCCCUAGGCGCUAGGCGCACAAGGCGCUGGGGAAAACGCCUUGCGUGACGCGAGGCGGGCACUGUUCGCCAGGCGCGCGCCUAGGCGCGCCUCGUGUGCCUUUGCACCUCAACGAAACGCGAUCGAGGCACGAUUGAGGCGUUGCGAUUGGAAAGAAAUCUGGAUUUUAAACCCAAAAAAACAUUCCAAAUCUUGUUUGGAAUUAGGGCACGGGAAACAAGAACAGAAAAGAACGCAGGAAGGGAAGGGAAGGGAGGAAGAGAACGUAGGAAGAACCUGAAUCCAUUUCUAUCCGUCGCUGCGAUCCCUGAGUUGCAUCGUCGCCCAAGUUGUGUUUUUGCUUCCCAGUUCCUACUGCUGUCCGGUUUUUUAAUUUUGUUGCUGUGCUGCUGUUCGUAUUGGUGCUGCUGUCUGCUGUCCGAUAUUUCAUUUUUUUACUUUUUUUUCUUGUUGGUUAGUGUUCGUUGAGUUGCUGUGUUGCUGUCCGGUUUUGUUUUGUUUUGGUUUCCUAUUUUCUAAUUUUUGCAGGUUGUGUUUUUGCUUCCUAGUUCCUACUGCUGUCCGGUUUUUUAAUUUUGUUACUGUGCUGCUGUUCAUAUUGGUGUUGCUGUCUGCUGUCCGAUAUUUCAUUUUUUAACUGUUUUUUCAUUUUUGUUUGUCUUGUUUUGCUUUUUGUUUUUUACUAUUUUGCUAUUGCUGGUACUGUACAUUGCUUUUCUAUUGCUGGUACCAUAUUAAUUUUAUUUUAUUUUUAAUUUUUCAGACUAGUUUCUUGUUCAAUUAUCAUUGAAGGUAGUAGUGAUACUCCAACAUAUAUAUCAAAAGAUCCGGGAUGGAAUUAUUUUCAAAGAGUUAAUCCGGAUAAUAAAAAUGAUUUAAUUUAAAAUGAUUUACAAAAGGGGGCAUUUAUCGUGCAAAACAACAUCUUGUUGGGGGGUUUCGAAAUACUACGACUUGCAAAAAAUGUCCAUCUCAUGUACGUGAAGAAAUUAAAAUUUUCAUGGAGAAAAAGGCAGAGAAAAGUAAUCUUUCUCAACUUACGACAUUGGACUUUGAGGAUGUAGACUCUCUUGGUGAUGAUAUUGAUAUGGAUAAUAUUGGAGCUAAAGGUGUGCCACCUAUAAGUACAAGUACAAGUUCUAGAUCAGUGAAUAUGCAAAAAAGGCCCAGACAAAUAGGUCCAAUGGAUACGUAUUUUGCUCUUAAUGUACAAAAAAUUGUUGAAAGUAGAAAGGGUAAAGAAAGACAAUCUACGAUAAAUGAGGCAUACAAGAAAGAAUUGAGGGAAAAAGCUUGUAUGGCCAUGACUUAGUGGAUGUAUGAUGCGACAAUUCCAUUUAAUGUCGUUAACUAUUCAAGCUUCAAAAGAAUGUUGGACUUGGUUGGCCAAUAUGGUAUAGGUCUAAAAGAACCUAGUUAUCAUGAGGUGCGGGUUCCUUUUCUAAAAAAGGUUGUUGAUAGUGUGACAAAUAAUUACAUUAAGUCGUGUGAACAGAAUGGGCCAAGUAUGGUUGUAGUUUGAUGGCAGAUGGGUGACAGACAAAAGACAGAGAACAUUGAUUAUUUUUUUUAGUGAAUUCUCCUAAAGGUUCAGUUUUCAUCAAAUCGGUUGAUGUUUCUGAUUAUGCAAAGACUAGAGAGAAAAUAUUUCAGUUGCUUGAUCGAUUUGUGGAGCGUGUAGGAGAAGUAAAUGUUGUUCAAGUUGUUACAGAUAGUGCAAGUAACAAUGUGCUUGCUAGUAAGAAUCUAUUUAAUUAUUUCUUAUCAAUAUGGUUUUUCUUAUAUAUGUUAAAUUUAUCUACUUUUCUAACUUCUUUUGUAGGAAAAUUAUUAGAAGCAAAAAGGCCAUACUUGUAUUGGACUCCUUGUGCUGCUCACUGCGUCGACUUGAUCUUAAAAGAUAUAGGGAAAUUGCCUGAUUUUAAAGCAACAUUGAAGAAGACAAUGAGUGUGAAUGCUUACAUUUAUGUUCACCCCGGCAUGGUAAAUAUGUUGAGGCAAUUCACAAGACAAAAAGAGCUUUGUCGGGCAGGUGUCACAAGAUUUGCUACUGCUUUUCUUACUCUUGAAAGGAUACACCUAUAGAAGCAAAAUUUAAGAAAAAUAUUCAUUUCAAAGGAUUGGACAGAGAGUAAAUGAGAAAAAGAAGUGGCGGGGAAGAAGGUAGCUAAAAUCAUCAUGAUACUUAGAUUUUGGAGCAGUAUUAUGCAUAUUUUAAAGAUAUAUGACCCUUUAGUCCGUGUUCUGAGACUAGUUGAUGGCGAAAGAAAACCUACAAUGAGCUAUAUUUAUGAGGCUAUGGAUAGGGCAAAAGAAACAAUUAUGAAGACCUUCAAGGAGAAAGAAGAGAAAUACAAAGAAGUGUUUGAGAUCAUUAAUGCGAGAUGGGAAUGUCAACUUCAUCGGCCUCUGCAUGUUGUAGGACAUUAUUUGAAUUCAGAAUUUUUUUAUUCAUACACAGAUUCAAAUAUCUGUGGAGAAGUGGUGAAUGGUUUGUUUGAAACUAUGGAGAGAUUGGUUUCAAGCGCUGCCGAGCAAGAUAAAAUCACUACCCAGCUCUCUAUAUAUCGAAAGGAAGAAGGGCUAUUUGGGAGGAAUGUAGCAAUUAGACAUAGAAGAGCAUUAUCUCCAGCAGAAUGGUGGGAAUGCUAUGGAGCAAAUACCCCAGAAUUGCAAAAGUUUGCUAUUAAAGUGCUUAGUCUCACUUGUAGUGCUUCUGGUUGUGAGCGCAAUUGGAGUGUAUUUGAGCAGGUAUGUAAUAAAUAUAAAUGUUUGAUACUAUUAGUAUGCUACUUUUAUAAGUAGCAAAUAUUCUUUGAUAUUUUAUUAUACUUAUUGUGAUUUUUGACAUUUUGUAGAUUCACAUCAAAAAAAGAAAUAGGCUAGCUCAGCUGCGCUUAAAUGAUUUGGUAUUUGUGAAAUACAAUCGUGCCUUAAAGCUUCGGUAUGAUGCACGUGAUAAGAUUGACCCCAUCUCUUUGAUAGAUAUUGAUGAUAGUAAUGAAUGGUUGAUGGGUAGAAUGGAUGGAGAAAGUGAUAAUGAAGAAGAUAAGUUGAUUUUUGAAGGUGAUGACUUGACAUGGGAUGUCGUUGCUAGGGCUAGUGGAGCUGAAGAGCCUGAAUAUUAUACUAGAGGAAAAAAUAUUACAACCAUGACCUCUAGUUCAAAUGCUAGGCCUAAACAAGUCGAGAAGGGAAAUGCAUCUUCCUCUAUGAGACACUCAUCUCUAAGAUUUAGAGAUGAAGAAGAAGAAGAAGAAGAAAUUGAAUUUGAAGAAGAUGAAGAUAACGAAGAAGAAGAAUACAAUGAGGAUGAUCUUGAGCUUGAUGAUUAAUUUGACUUAUUAUGCUUGUUUUGAUGGACUUUGUUAGUUUAAAUUAGAAAGUUGAAACUUGAAAGUUUUGAAACUUUUAUUAAUUUUAUCAUGGUGUUGUUUUGCUUGUUAUAUUUGAUAUUGAUGUGUGUAGAAUAUUAAUAGUUAUCAUAUUUGACAUAGUAUAUGAGUGUGACAAUAGUCUAGUAGUCAUCAACCUCAUGUUCAAGAGACGCGCGCCUCGGGCUCUAGGAGCCUUUUGUGCCUCGGUGCGCCUCGCGCCUCUAACAACACUGCCUCCCAAAGAGAUAUUAAGAGAUACAGGAAUGGUCCUACUAUUCGGCUGAGCAGGGUAGCUGCUCGGUCACUCCACUCUGUCGACCUCUGCUGCUUUUCCUCGCAGUGAGUUGGUUCAGUAGAUUGGUUCCGUUCGACUGAACAAGCGCUACGGUCACCUUAACGUUCCUCUGACUCAUAAUGAGUAUAUGAUGUUCUUGUUGUAAUGCUCCUGGUCGGACGAACGUUCUACUCAAAUAAGUCACCUAGCGGAUCAGACACUUCAGACCCAAUUAAAGGCUAGAGUCAAUUUUCGCUCGGCUAACUUUAGUGGGACAGUUGACCACAUUGACCACUUGGACUUUGACUUUCAUGUCAACUGCUGUCUCUAUAUUUGACCUGCGCUUGAUGGACAUCUUUUAUCGCCACAUCAAGAUAUAUAUGGAAACUUUAAAAAUAUUAUAAUGCAUAUUAAAAUGGGCAGAAACCUUGUUAUAAAUUUGUUAAUGUGGGGAUAUUAUUGGGCAUGUCCAAAAAUACAAGCGGGGAUGUGAUUACCACAUUGAUUUGAUGUAGAUUCUGCUCUGCUCUGCAAUAAAAAAAAAAAUUAGUGUCAAGCUAGGAAAGGAGUCUCCGACAUUGGCCUUCCGACGCUCAAGUCAGUCACUGACACAAAGAAAAAGAUGGAACAACAGUAGCACAAGCGUAAAAUGAAAAUAAUGCCUAUCAGCGCUAGUGUACGGACCCCUCUUUAUAUAAUGCUCUGGUGGACGAUGUGUGCGCUUUUCGAGUCAUGAGCACAUUCUCCCAUUGGUUGUGGACACGCUCUCCAAUUGGUCCUGGAUACGUGAUCAUGGACACAUUCUCUAAUUGGUCGUGAGCACGUCCUCCGAUUUGUCUGUCGUAUGAUCUGCUUGUAGAUCAUGCCACGUGUCGGCGACGUCAUCUCCCAAAAGUAUAUCAAAAUACACGUUAGUGCUCUCGCCGAUUGACCGAGAGGGAUAACCGCCCGACCGAGUACUCCUCUGCUCAGCCGAGUAUUCCUCUGCUCGGUUGCUAUAUCUUGCAACAACGAGUCUAGAUAGUAUGUUCUUGCCCGACUGAAAUAAUAAUCCGGUCAUUUACAUGCACCCUUUGCAAGUCGGGCAAUUUAUGCUCAGUUGACCCUUAAUAUAGGGCUUCGCUUGGCUAUCUUUUAGUAGUCCUAUUACUUUUCUAACGUUGACCCUCUUAAUUUUAACCUCUUUUUAUCCGUACUUGGGGGACCUUUAUCAUUGUAUCAAUUAUAACACAAAUAAUAUUACAAUCAACGGCGGCGAGAAAUUCUCAUCGAGCCGGAUGGAUUGUCCCAAAGAUUAAACUAAAAACAUUCAGUAGACAUGAGGGAUAAGGGAUCCACUUCCGACUUUGACCAAUCCACGGCAGCCAAAGAUUUUGUUUUCAAAGCCGCAGCAAGCCUGAACGACGCCGUGGCCUCAUCGUUCCCUGCCCUGCCCACCACCUCCCCAAAUGCCAAAUGGGACGUAGUUAAGAAGGUGAAGAACUCACGUUGUAUAGAAUUUGGACGCACGGCAAGCACGCACGGAGUCCUAACGCAGAGUGCAAGCACGUUGAAACGGUUGCCGGCGACCAUGCCCCCGCACGAUGGCUGCCCUCGCUUCCCAUCCAGCUGCCAAAUGGAUGCUCAUUACAUACCCUUCUACGUUUUGGCGGUUUGGAACAGUGUCCAUUAUCAACGAUGCCACUGCAGCAGCGCCAACACCUGCCACCACAUCCAUCCGUCUCCGACUCCAAACAACUGCCUCCGGCUCCACCGCCGCGUCUCCCUGCCGCUCCGUUAUCCCCCUUCGCCGCCUUCCACUCCCGCCCUUUCUUCUCCUUCGACUCCUCCCCCGCUGCUUCCCUCCCCGACUCCAUCCCCAUGGACGACCGCCGAAACGCACCCGUCACUGCCCCAACGAGUAACGGCUUUCCCCCUCGCAACGCCCACCGGCGUUCGCAGAGCUGCGACGUCCCAUUCGCCUUCCUCCCACCGCCGGCCGUUGGCAUGAAGACGGAGGACCGCGACGACAGCGGAAUGUUGGACGGCGAUGACCUGUUCGACGCCUACAUGGACUUGGAAGGCUUCGACGCCUUCAAUUCCUCCGAGGACUGUCACAGCAGAGACAGCGGAUGCAAGUCCAACGCCGGCGACAGCAGCGACAACGAGGCCGACAGCGAUGCCAAGGGAUUGCGCGCCUUGGGAUCGCUGAAGCGGACCGCUGCCGCCGUUCCUGGCUCUGCUACGGCUUCCGGGCAUUGCAGGAGUCUUUCAAUGGAUAGUUUCAUGGGGAAGUUUAACUUUGAGGAACCGCCGGCGGAGCUGCCGCUUUCCCGCGGAUUAAUGACGACAACCACUGCUAAAGCCAACUAUUUGGUCAUGAAACCGACUACCUUUAGCUUGGAGUUUUGCAAUGGUCAAUUCACUGCUGCCGAAAUGAAAAAGAUCAUGGAGAACGAGAAACUCAUGGAGAUGGCCAUGGCGGAUCCUAAACGAGUCAAAAGAAUAUUAGCUAAUCGGCAAUCUGCUGCGCGAUCAAAGGAGCGAAAGAUGAGAUAUAUUGCAGAGUUAGAACAGAAGGUUCAGGCAUUGCAAACAGAAACCACAACCAUAUCAACACAACUGACAUUGUUGCAGAGAGGCUCAGCAGGGCUUGCAAAUCAGAACAAUGAGCUCAAGUUUCGACUUCAAGCAAUGGAACAACAGGCAGAACUAAGAGAUGCUCUAAAUGAGGCAUUGACUGCAGAGGUUCAGCGGCUAAAACUGGCUGCCACUGGGUUGGCAGAUGCUCGUGCUUAGUUCGUCCACUGCUUCCUGUGUGUUCUUUCCGGCGAUGUAGAUUUAUUUUAACUGGGAAAAGUAUUGCUGUGGGGUGGAUUAUUUUAGGAAAGUUAGAGAAGACUGUUUUUUAGAAAAAAUGUAUGUUAUGAUUUUUAAUAUUGUCUAAAUUUAAGCAGUUGUUUGUAGUUGAAUAUUAUA